AGUCGAUGUUGGUUGGGCCUGGCGAGCGGACGUGACGAGCGCGUAAAACGUAAGAGGCGAACAUAAAACGAUACGAUAAAAAGCGAUAGCGUUGAACGAAAGACGAAAGCGAAGACGACGAAGAAGAAGUAGAACGUGUAAACGACGCUUUUCUGUUUUGUGACUGUGCGUGUUUCUUACUGUGUGUGUGAUUCUGUGUUUGUGUGCGUGUGUGUGUGUUGAGCAUGUGCAGCAUUUGAGUUAGCACGUAACGGGCGUAACGGCGACUACUCGAUCCAAAUGGCCAACUGGACUCUGGCCAGACGCUGGAUCGAGGCCAGCAGACUGCUGCUGUUGCUCUUGAUCAUCCUGCAACUGAUUGCAGCAACGCCAGCGGCGCGCAAUCCCAACACCAACUACAACACAAACAGCAACAACAACAAUAACAAUGUGAACAAUAAUAAUAUUUGGCGACGCGUGCGUCUCGUGACCAGCGUUAGCGCCAGUUCGCCCGCCCAGGAGCGAGAACGCAAUGCUUAUCAGCUGCUCAAGGCCAACAAUAGCAGCUCCACUUCAACAACAACAACAAGCACAUCAACAACAACAACGACGUCGACGACGACAUCGACGACGCCUGCGACACCGCGUCGCAGUGCCAAGCAGCUGCUGCGUCGCGAGGAUCAGCUGCAUGUGCUCGAGGGCAAUGUGUCGAGUGCGGCGCGUUUGGAAAUGUCCACGGAAUUCUUUGUGGUGCCCACGUUGACAGCGGGCACCAGGAGCAGCAGCGGAAGUAGCAAUCGCAGCAGUGUCACCACAACAGCCACGCCCACGCGCAGUCAAGGCGCCCGAGCACGCGCCGCCAAUACGCCGCGUGCCACACAGAGCAGCAACGGAGCAACUGGCAACAGCAAUGCGACACCGCCCAGCAUUGUGUCCACCACACAGCUGCCGUUCGCCGGACUGCGCAAGGAGGUGUGGGUGGUGCCCGUGCUGGUGCUGGCCAGCUUGACCAUGCUAAUGAUGGGCGCCUUCGAGAUCUUUGUGCUGUUCAAGGCUUGGCGCACUUCGCCGUCGCGUCGCCAUCUCUUUCUGGGUCAAAUGCUGCUGCUCGGUCUCUUCGCCUGCGCCGGACUCGGUGCUGUCAUCACUGCUCAGCCCACGCUGCUGAGCUGCGGCGCCAUACGCUUUGGCGUGGGCGUUGCUUAUGCUUUGGUCUUUGCCGCGCUGCUCGUCAAAUGCGUAUUCCUCAUCAGUCUGAACGGUGGCGUCUAUUUGCCCGCACCUUAUCAAGGAUUAUUGCUGCUCUUUGCGCUGCUCAUUCAGGUGGCCAUCGGUGCACAGUGGCUGCUCACGCAACCGCCGGAGAUCUACACGACAAGUGUGCCGGUGAUGGGCAGCGGUUUCCUCUCCACGACGGUGGCAUCGCAGACCAAUUACUCCGCACUCUUCUAUCCCACAUCGUAUACGACGUUGGAUGGCACGCCGGAGAUUUAUACGCGCAUUGCGGCCGUCAGCACUGUGUUGAUACCGCUAUGCAAGACGCAGUUCUCGGAGCUGCUCUUCUCGCUCAUCUACAUUGUGUUCCUCAUCGUUUUCAUUGCUGUGCUGGCGAUCAAGUCGCGCGGCAUACGCGACAAUUAUCGCGAGGCGACCUACAUCGGACUGGCCAUCGGUGGCGCUAUUCCCAUUUGGCUGGGCUGGAUGCUCUGCGGCUUGGCUGUGGCAGAGCGGCACAAGGAUGCGUGCAUUGCUUUUGGUUUGGUGGCCACAUCGGCCACCGUGUUUCUGGUGAUGUUCAUGCCCAAGGGCAGGCAGCUGGCGGCAAUGGGCAAGGAGGGACUCUACGUCGAGGAUCGCGAGGAGCAGUUCAGUUCGUUGAGUCGCGCCGGUUCGGGCUAUUCGCCGUCCUUCUUCCACUUCAAGCCCAUCAAAUACGGCGUGAUGAGUGGCAUGCCCAAUUCGGCAACGAAUACGGGCCAGGGACUGAGCUCCAAGCACUGCUCCAGUGCCAACAAUGGUGGAGAUCGAGUCGCUUUGGUCACCGCCGCACCGCCGAGCUAUACACGUAUGUAUCACUAUUUUCCAGCACAUUUGAGCGCGCACCCGUUUUGCUAUUACCCACCCGCACCACCACCACCACCACCGCCCGCACCGCCCACACAGCUGGCCACACCGCUGACCCUCAAACAGCUGGGUAACUCGCUUACCUCCAUGACACAGGCAACGCAAUUGGCCAAAACGCUGCGCUAUGCGCCAGGCAUGUUUAUACGACCCGACGAAACGAACCUUUAUACGACGCUGGAGCCCACAUUGAGCAGCAAUCCGAAUGUCUACUUCCAGCGAAGCGGCGCUGUGCAUCCGGGAAUAUUGUACUGACUGAAGGCAGGCGAACAGGAGUCAACAGAGAGCCACCGGAGCUAUCGAGAACACUGGAACUGAGUAUUUUUUCGUAAUAUUAAGAUGCAGCACAUAGCGCUCCCUUCCCAUACCCACACCCAUUCCCUUUACCCCUUCCUCCCUCCCCCUCUCAUCUAACCCUAAUACGGCUCCCAAGGAGCAGCAAUAAGUGAAUGAUGAUUCAAUUGAAUAGUGUAAUACUUUUGUCAUAAUUGCUAAGCUCAUAGUUUGUAACGAAUUCAAUAGCAUAUAGCAGAUAUAUAUACUUAAGAUAUCUUAUGAUAAAAUAUGUACUGGAAUUUUGAUAUAUUUCAGCGACGACUCGAAAUGGAUUUGCAAUUUGUAGUCCUAGUUAAAAGACAAAAAAAAACAAACAAACGAAUAA